ACAUUUGAUUUUAAAAAUGGCGCGUCUCGUCUUUGACCCGGAAGUGGCUACAAAUACGGCAGCUUUUCGUGUGAACUGCCAGCCAACCACGAUGGAGACAAAUAAUAUAAUGGUCUCUGACCAGUUUCAAAAAGUCCCGUUGUCAGAGUCCCAGCUGGACUUCUCCGGUCAGCCGUACUCCGUGUGCGUCCUCAAAGUCGGAUACUGUCUCCCUCAGAGUGACGGGACGUUUAAGGCCGACGGGACCAUCACACUCAUAACGGGACCCAAGACUAUUCUGGUGGACACCGGGGGACCGUCGGACCGGGACUUUCUCCUUAUGUCACUGAGAGACAGGGGUCUGGAACCGGGAGACAUAAACUUGGUCGUGGGGACUCACGGACAUUCAGACCACAUAGGAAAUCUGGGUCUUUUUCCAGCAGCAGUGAUGAUUGUGGGAUAUGAUGUCAGUGAGGGGGACACAUACCGUCCCAACAAGCUGGCACACGGACACACCUACAUUAUUGAUGAACAUAUAUCUGUUGUUCCCAGCCCAGGCCACACAGGACAGGAUGUCAGUGUUCAGGUGAAGGGAACGUCAGUGGGCACGGUGCUUGUUGCAGGAGACUUGUUUGAGUGCUGCUCAGAUGAGGACAGCUGGCGGGAUCUGAGUAUGAACACUGCAGUACAGGAGGUCAGCCGCCAAGAGGCAUUACGCACUGCUGACAUCAUCAUACCAGGACAUGGACUCCCAUUUAGAGUCCUCAGGAACUGAGGAACUGAUCCUGGAGAUCAGGGCGGGCCAGGUCAUGUAAGGAAGUGAUUUCACUGACACUAGGUGGAGUUUUACAACUUUUACCAUCUCCUGACAGUGGACUGAAUAAUGUAUUUUAUGGUUUGUAACAGAAACACCUCUCUGUAUAAUGUAAAGCAGUUCAACAGCAUCAACACUUGUCUGAAACCUUAAGAGAGAAAGAGUCCUUUAUUCAGAUGGCUGUUAAACUCAGCAGUAUCACAAACAGCUGCUAGGUCGUUAGGGGUGGGCAUCGAUCCAAGUAUCAAUAGUAUCGAUACCAAUGUUGGUAUUGGUACCGGAUCGACACUAAUGUGAUGGGAUUGACACUUUAGUUUCUGUCCUCUACAUUCAGUAUGUUGCUCCUGUUUCAUCAAAAAGUUGACAUGUCUGUGCAAACACUGCUUUCACAUUUUGCAGUACACUUUGCUCGUCUUCCUCUCCCUGCUCUCACGUGUUCUGUUGUCGUACCAUCACAGACACCUGUAGGCUGGCAGAAAGAGGAGUGUCGUGGAGAUAUUUUACGGCUGUAAAAGAAAACAUUGCAAGCUGCAAUUUGUGUAGGAAGGCUAUCUGCUGCUGUGGCAACACCACCAGUUUAUACAAACACAUGAAAAACUACAAUAAAGAGAACUCAGAGCUGCAAAAGAAAUGAAGAGGGGAGGAGGAAAAUCCCUCAGACAGACCCAGACCCAGGUACACAGACAGAGGUUACUGAUAGAGACCCUUCAGAGAGGCAAAUACCCAGGUAGCUUAUGUGGUGGUGGAAGUAAUAUUUUAGUCACUCAUGACAGAUCUUGAGCAUAAAGUGCAGGUGAUCAUCAUAGUUGUUACUUCGCAGACUGAUUACCUAUAGUAACUAACUGACAGUGGAAAGCAAAACUGACAAAAUCUUCUAGUGGUCAUGAAAAUGUGUUCAGAUUUAGUAUAUUGUUGAUGCAUUCAUUUUGUAAAUCAUGGCACACUGCUCUCCCCUACAUCUAAGUACAUAAGCUGCUUUUAGUAAGUAAAAAGAAUUUGUAUCGUAUCAGUAUCGGUGAUACUGGCCCUGUAUUUACUCUGUAUUGGAUCGAUUUGGAAUUUUGCAGUAUGGCACAUCACUAAUUUCAUCACGACAUAAUCAUCUGAAUAAAGGCUUUUUAACUUGU